AUGACCGCUCAAGAUGGUGAAGGCCAAACACCUGAGGUAAAUCUGUUGUGGAAACAUAACCGACAAUUACUAUUUGAUUGCCUUGAUGCUUUGGAAGGAGAAAAAACGAUUAUAUGGGAUAGAAGUCUUAUGCAAAGAGUAAAUUUGUUUGCCGGUCCAUCGAUAUUAAAAUUGCACGGCGUCGUCAGCAACUUCGCCCUCGACCAAUUUCGUCCCUUUGAUACCCCGCAUGUGGUAUUUUUCCUUGCUCCAACAUUGGCAGCGGUAGACUUACUAUGCGAAUAUAUUGACAAAGCAAAGACAGAUACGGUAAUUCUCGUUCAAUAACG